AUGCCCAUCCAGCACGAGCAGCAGCAACAGCAGCCAUCAACCGUCAAUAAGCGUCAACACGGAACGCAUAACGUGGUGUCCAAGCAGCAGCACCAGAAGAUGCAAACCAACAUUGCCAACUCAACGAUUACAUAUAGUCAGGUGACCAGCGGGCGAGUCAAUCCUGGUCGGGUGCAUAAUCCGUCCACACAACACCUCCACAAAUUCCAGAAGAAUCUUCAGAUGGAACAAGAGGAACAGCGCCAGAAAAUCCAAUCAGGAACAGAGAAGGCUCCAAACACACCAGGCGCAAGUUAUCAGCAGCAGCAGCAGCAGAAGCAACAUAAAAAUAAGCAACAGCAACAAAAAGAAAGCCAAGAGCUGGUCAAUAAUUCAGCCAUUAAUGCAUUAAACAGCAAUAUGGCAGCAAUUAUGCAAAUGACCAUUAAAUUGGACCAAACCAAACCCACCAAAAAUCAGCCUACUCAGUUGCCUACAUGGCAGCAGCAGCAUCAUCAACUCCAAUAUGGCAUUUGGCAGCCCAUCCACCAUGAUCAGCAUCAGCUGCAAAAGCAGCUCCCAGCUGAACAGCGACAACAUCCAUUGGUCCAGCAAUCUGCCAUAUGGGGGCAGCAGAACCAGCGACAGUGGUCGACGAUAGACAACAUGGUCAACAAUGAUCAUCAAAUGCAGCAAACAAUACAGCAGCCUGACCUUUGGGGGCAUCAGCUGCAGCGACAAUGGUCUAUGGUGGCUAAAACUGCCUCCUUUGGCCAACAGAAUCAUCAGCCAAUACAGCUGCCCCAACACAUAGGCGUGCAGCUACAGAAACAUCGAUUGACGGUCACCAAGACAGUCUUAUCAGACCGCCACACGUAUCCGCCAAUCCAGCUGCACGCCUACGUGCCGGAGCAGCUACAGAAGCUAUGGCACCCGUCAAAUCUGCAGCCUGUCCUUUGGGGGCAGCACAGUCAGCAGCAACAGCCGAUGGCAGCCACCACGCCCACAUACGGGCACAUCCAGCACCCGUCAAAUCUGCAGCCUGUCCUUUGGGGGCAGCAGCAACAGCCGAUGGCAGCCACCACGCCCACAUACUGGCACAUCCAGCACCCGUCAAAUCUGCAGCCUGUCCUUUGGGGGCAGCAAGCACAGCAGCACUGGUCAAUGGAAGCCAGCAUGGCCUCCUAUGGUCACCAGCAACGCCCGCCAAAUCUGCAGACUCUCCUUAGGGGUCAGCAACAGCCGAUGGCAGCCACCACGCCCACAUACGGGCACAUCCAGCACCCGUCAAAUUUGCAGCCUGUCCUUUGGGGGCAGCAAGCACAGCAGCACUGGUCAAUGGAAGCCAGCCUGGCCUCCUAUGGUCACCAGCAACGCCCGCCAAACCUGCAGACUCUCCUAAGGGGUCAGCAACAGCCGAUGGCAGCCACCACGCCCACAUACGGGCACAUGCAAGAGCCGCAAAAUCCGCAGAUUCUUCCUAAGGACAAGCAGGCACAGCAGCAGCGAUCGAUGGUGUCCCUAAUGGACGCCCUUGGCACGAAAAAGCAGCCGCCAAUUCAGCAUCCUGUCCUUAAGGGGCAGCAGCUUCUCCAGCAAUGGGACAUUGUUGUCAAAAUGGCCUCCCUUGGCCAGGCGCAGCUACUCCAAAAUGUGCAGAAUGCCCAGCCGGCCAAGCAGGCUGGUGAUAACAUCGACAUUGGUCAAGAUCAAACUGUCCCCCUUUGGUAG